UUUUGUUUAACGGCAUUGAUCUAUCUCACCCGCAGCCAUGGUUGACAACCUGGAUGAGUCCAUUGGAAGGCUCACUGAAGCUCUACAGACUGCCGGUAUGCUGGAGAACUCAAUAAUUGUGUUCAGUAGCGACAACGGGGCACUGCCGUACGGCACCCACUCAAACAGCGGAUUCAACUGGCCCCUGCGUGGCACCAAGAUGUCGCUCUGGGAGGGAGGAGUCCGCGUGCCAGCGUUCAUCUGGAGCCCCCUCCUGCAGAAGCGGCGUCGGGUGUCCAGGCAACUCAUGCACAUCACCGACUGGCUGCCCACUCUUUACUUCGCUGCAGGGGGCAAUGCUUCGAACUUGGGCUACGUGGACGGCUACAACAUGUGGGAGGCCCUGUCUCGCGGCUGGCGGUCGCCGCGCAAGGAAGUCCUAAUCAACAUCGACCCGGUGACGGGCGCGGGCGCCCUGCGUUACGGAAAGCACAAGAUCGUGUACGACGCACCCUUCCGAGGUUCGUCCGACGUGCACCUCAAGACGGCCGGCCAGCCCAGGUCUACGUCGCCGGCGGAUGAAGAGCUCAACUGGCUCAUGGAAAACUCGCAAGCGGCCAAAGCGCUGCGCAUGUUCUACAACACCAACCGGCUUCCCCUGAGAUACAACUGGAGGAGGGACGCCAAGGUGGAUUGUGGCGUGCUCGGAAAGCGCCCCAGUAACUUCGUAUCGCAACAGCCGCCCUACCUGUUCGACCUCGAGAUAGAUCCGUGCGAGAUGUUCAACCUCGCCAACAUUAGAAGAAGGACCAUGGGCACCAUGCUUCGCAUGCUACAGAGCUUCGAGGAAAACAUGAUUCCGAACCGGAACGAGCCCGAAGAUCCGCGAUCUUACCCGGAAAAACACGGCGGCAUAUGGACAACCUGGAGGAGAACGUCAUCGGAGUAGCGAGAAUGUUGGGCCAAUCGGUCUUCUGAGGCCAUGUACAAAAACGUUGUUAUUGCUUCUGUUUGUUAUCCCGUUUACAUCUUCAUUAUGUUCUAUUUCUGUGUGUUUUCACGUGAAGCCACCGGUUGUGCUUUCCGCGAAGGUAUCCGAGGUGAACAGCAGGCUGCUCGCCGGCGACCAACAUCCCUCGCCCCCUUUUUUUGUUUUUUUUUUUUUCUUACAAAACAAAGUGUUCCAGUGGCUCUGUCUGAGAUCGUACUCUACAGGCCUGGGUUGUCAUACGAAGCUUGUUAACACGAGCUUAGUCGAUGAAAGAAAAAAGAAAAAACUUGGGAGCUAUCACUUGAUAAUAUAUGCUCAAGAGAGCGCUCUGAAAUUGCUCGGCAACUGAAACGCUCUACGUAACUGAAGAUAGUUAAAUUAUGCAUACGUGUUUAUAAAUUAGCUGCGGAGAUUAGAAAUUAGAUUAGUAAAUCCUAAACGUUUUGACAGUUAACAUUCUGAAUCCUUAAACAUUCUGAAAGAAACAAAAAA